AUGUCUGACCUUCGCCAACUCAUCAUCUCGGCCUUCUGCCUGGUGAUGGGCUUCCUCUUCUUGAUUUUGGGCUGCACCAUGGUAAAAAAGCGAAAUGCGUGGCCGCUGAUGAGUCUCGUGCUCUACUGCUUUACCCCUGUCCCCUUCGUCUUAUGUGGCCGCGGCGCCGGCAGCGACGAAUUCGGCGGCGAUGAUGACGAGCCGCUCGACGCCUUCAAAACAAUCGGCCUCUUUAUUGGCGGCGUGCUGCUCAUGUCGGGUCCGGGGCUGGCGCUGGUGCUCUACCACACCUCGGUCAUUUGUGGGUCGGCGCUCCUCCUCACGCUCCUCAGCGGGGUGUGCUUCCUCGGGGCGACCGUGUCGCUCACCGUCACCACCACGCACGAGGAAGACGCUGAUGACGGGUACAACUUUUGA